AUGUCAUCUAUUCAAGAAAAAAAUAUUUGUACUCACUAUCAUAAAGUCCUGCUUUCAAGAUCUUUGCCUAAAUUUUUUUAAGAAAUAUAAAAGCUAUAAGUAGUUUAUAAUGGAUUAUUCAGGUGCUUUACUAAAAAAACAAUUUAAAGUGUGAAUAAUGUUAAUUAAAAAUUGAUGUUGGAAAUAUUUGUUUAAGAUGUUAAGCAGUGAUUUGUAAUGUUGAUAAAUAAUGUCUUCAACAUCACAGUCAAUGCAUGACUAAUUCAUAAAGUAAUUUUGAAAAAAGUGAUCAUUGCAUAUUUAUUAAUAUAAUUUCCACUUAAAUGAUAUGUAUUAUAUGUAAAUCAGAAAUUUUGGAUUUUGAAUAGUAUGGAUUAACUGGAAAUGAAGAUGUUUUUAGCUAAUGGAUUAAUCCAUAAAGAAUUAGAAUAGAAUAUUUAAGAUAUUUUUAAAAACAAGAAUUAAGUCUUUAAAGAUUCAACUCUCCAAAUGUUGGCAUAUUAAAUAUAGCUAACUUUAGUUUUAUGAAUUGUGUUUUAUAAAUUUUACUUAAUUUUCCUACUAUUUAACAAAUACUCUAAAAAGUUCAUGUAGAAUUAGAGAAAGGAGAAUUUAAUGUAAAGUCUAUAAAGAAAAUUAUAUUGAGGAAUAUUUGUUCUAUAAGUGAUACUCUUAAAUCUAAAUCAUGCAAAUUACUUAAUCCAACAGAAUUUAUUAAAAGCAUUGCAUAAUCUGAAUCUAAAUUAUUAGGUUAUGGAUAAAAAGAUGCUUAUGUAAAAAUUUUAAAAAUUAUUCUAUAGGAAGCUUUUAAAUAUUUGAUCAAUUUUUUACAUGAAGAAUUUAGAUUUACAAAUAGCAUUUCAUAUUGGAAAAAUAUAAUACCAUUUUAAAAUCAAGAACCCAUCUAACAUGAUUGGUUAUUAUUGUAAGACUAUUAAUUCUAUUUGUUAUAGAAGUUAAGCAUCAAAAUUUAGAGAUUAUUCAUUUAUUUAAAAUAUAUUUUCUGGAGAACUUCAAUCGACAAUAUAAUGCCUUAAUUGUAAUCGACAAACUUUAUUAAAUGAAAACUAUUCAGCUAUAUCUCUUGAAAUACCCUAAAUUAAUGAAUAAAAUGUAAUAUCAAAAUUCUUCAAUAAAUUAACAAAAGAUAAACAAGAUUAUGUUACAUUACAAAGUUGUUUAGAAUUGUUUUAUGAACCAAUCUAAGAAUCUAAUUUUCUUUGUUUAUGUGGAUCACGAAAUGGUAGAAGAAAAUAUAAAUUUAGCAAAUUUUCAAAUAUCCUCACCAUACAUAUAUAAAGAUUCAAAAAUAAAAAUUAAAAAGAUUAAACUCAUGUUUCAUUCCCUGUUGAACAAACUAGUUUUUCUAAUUAUUUAAAUGUAUUAUUGAAUAUUUAAUUUUUAAGAUGUAAGGAGACUUGAAUUAUUAAUUAUUUGGAUUGAUUGUACAUUAUAGUAAUAUAGGUGGUGAUCAUUAUGAAUCAAUUAUAAGAUAACCUAAUAAUACUUUUUUAUCUAUUAGAGAUGAUUAAGUUAAUCCAGUUACUUUAAAAUAUGUCAAAGAUAGUGAAGCUUUGAUGUUAUUUUAUUAAAAAGUAGAUUCUCCUAUUAAUUAUAAAACAAUACAUAAUGUAUUAACAUAAUAUGAAUUAAUUUAAACUGGAGAAAUAGUAUUAAAAGAUGAUGAACUAAGUUUUUUACCUAAUUUUUGGUUUGAAUAAUUCUUAACUUUAAGUAAUCCUCAAAUGAUUAUAACAUCUCAUUUAUUUUGUUUUCAUAAUUAAUUAAAACCUGAUUAUUGGGAUUUUAGACAAUCUUAUGAAAAUAUAAAUUAAUAAGAAUAAAUGAAUACAAGUUUCUUAUGUGAUUAAAGUAUUCAUUUACAACAGAAUAAUAAUUCUUCUUCUUACUUUUAGUUACAAAUUCAAUCUGUUUAAUUACCAACUGCCAUAUGCUAAUUUUUAAUUGAAAAAUAUGGUGGAGGACCAUUAAUUUAAAAAAAUAUUUAAACUUGUUAAAUUUGCAUUGAAUAAGCUCAGAAUAUGAGCAAAAGAAGAAAAUUAGAAAGAAAUUUAAUUUAAAAAUAUGAAAAUUGCUAAUCUGAAAAUUAAUUUAUUAUUAAUUAAGAUUGGAUUACAAUAUGGUAAAGAUACCUCUAUAAUUCAAAAUCUUAAUUAUAAAAAAAUUUUAUUUUUGGAAAUCCUCCCCCAGGAGAAAUUAAUAAUUUACCACUUCUAGAUAGUAACAAUUAAUUACUUAAAGAAAAAUAGAUUAAUAUAGAUUAUAGACUUAUAAGUCAUUAAUUAUGGAGUGUUUUAGUUUCUAUUUAUGGAGGAGGUAUUUAUAUUUAAUAUUUAUUUAGGACCUAUUAUUUAAGUAAAUCUAUCCAAUUUCGAAGAAGAUAAUCCUAAAUAAAAGUAAAAAUAAUUUUGUAUUUUAGAAUUUUUAAUUUAGAUGCUGAUGAUAUUACUAAAAUUAAGGAAAUACGAAAUAUUUUGAACUAAUGCUUCAAAAUGUAUAAUAUUUGUGAAAAUAUAGAUUGUAUAUGA